CCACACAUUCAGCGAACGCAGCAGGUAUUUACAAUAGAAAAUGUCGCAAGAAAUCAACGUGGAGGAACUUCUCGAUGCGCCAUUCAAGCGGGAAACAGAGGUAAAUGCAAAGCUGAAUGCCUCCUCCCCGACUGCAACGAAGACAAGACCGAGGACCGGCACGUGGAUCCCCGGCGUAUUCGCGGUCGCGGCUCCAGCCGUGGCCAUCGGCGUAGCAGCCGUCGCCGUAGCCGCACGCGUAGUCGGUCGCGCAGCCGGUCGCGCAGCCGGUCGGGCAGUCGACGCUACCGAAGCAGAUACUACGGCGACGAUGACGACGACAUCGGCGGUACGGCAGCAGAUUACCGGCGACGACGACGAUGACCGGUAUUACCGUCGGUCGAGCCGGUAUAGCGAUGAUCGGAGCGAAUAUAGGCGGCCAUCGAGCCGGCGGCAGUCCACGGUCGCCAUCGCGGUCGAAUGGGCGCCGGCGCAGUCCAAUGCAACGCGAUCUCCGUCGCCGGCGGUGGACGAUGCUGAUCGGGACCUGCGCACAGUGUUUGCGAUGCAGCUGUCGGCAAACUUGACGCGGCGCGACCUGAUGGAAUUCUUCGCCAAGGCGGGGCGUGUGCGUGAUGCGCAUAUAGUGUCCGACAAGGGGUCACGGCGGUCACGCGGUGUCGCCUACGUCGAGUUUUAUUCGAUCGAAUCGGCGAUGAAGGCUGUUGAACUCAGCAACGAGCGGCUGCUGGGCGUGCCGAUUAUUGUGCAGCCGUCGGAGGCCGAGAAGAACCGUCAGGCGUCGCUGAAGCAGUACAGUGCGGCGGGCGUGCCGAUGAACCGGACCACGCCGAUCAACAGCAUGAUCCAUGUCGACGGACUGGUGGUCAACAUGGAGUCGAGUGAUCUGCGCAUGAUCUUUGAGCAGUUCGGGCCUGUAGUCCACUGCCGCGUCAUGCAGGCACGCGAUGCCAAGGGCGAUGUCAUCGAAAAUGAAUGGGCUGCGGCAGUCAACCUGCGCGUGCGCAUGGCGACCAAGACUGAGCUGGAGCGCGAGGAGACGCUGGCGCGUAGCGAGGUCAGCAAGCUUGUUGCUGGAAGCGGAAUUUCCCCAGCUACUGUGCCCGCGGCUCGCUCUACUGCGCCUGGCACCCCUGCAGAGACGGAAAGUGCUAUCAGGUCUGUAGCAGUGCUGCUGACAAAUAUGUUUGAUCCGGCUGAGGAGACCGAGCCAACGUGGGUCGAAGACCUGAGCGACGACGUGCGUGACGAGUGCGUAAAGUACGGCCGGGUCGAGCGAGUGUUUGUGGAUCGCGAGUCGUGCGGCAAUAUCUAUCUCAAGUUUGCCGACGAGGAAGCGGCGGAGCUGGCGCGCAAGGCCAUGAACCACCGGUGGUUUGGCGGGCGACAGGUGGUUGCGCAGUUCAUUCCGGUAGAGCGCUUCGAGGACGCUGUGUCACUACCCAGCCUUUAUCGCAGUACUGGUGCAGGCACUGCGGGCAUUUUUCAAAGGGUGCUAUUUCUGUUCUCCUUUCGAUUUUUUAUUUCGCAGUCUCGCAUUCCUUUCUUCAUACACUACAUUCAUAUUGCAAUGAGUACCACACAGAGCUUGAAUAGCAGUGGCAGCAGAGUGUGCGGCACAGAAAGCGUCGAGCCGGCCACUGUCGCGACCCCACAGAUUUUUAAGGACGCAGACACGGAGACACAGCCGUUGUUGGGUGGCACGCGAAACAAAAGUGGUGGCUAUAGCACAGCACUCUCGCGCGAGUUCACCGUUGGCCCAAACCAGCAGCGACUCCGAGGAGAGCGAGAGCGAGCGCGAGUACGAGGCCGUAGACAUUGGCUUGUACGAGGAUACGUUUUCGUUCCGCAAGCUGUGAGGUCAAUAGCGUAUGUGGACCCAGGAAAUGUGUGCAGCGACCUGCACUGCGGCGCAGUAGCUGGGUACAAGCUGAUCUGGCUCCUGUUCCUUACCCAUGCCCUGGGCCUGUACAUUCAGACGCUUUCAGCGCGCAUUGGCACAGUGACGGGCAAGAACCUUGCACAGCACUGCCGCAUGCGGUUCGGUGUGGGCAGGGAUCCUGCUGGCUGCUGUGCUGAGCUAUGUGAUUCUGGGGAUCCAGAAAUUCGGCGUGCGCAAGGUCGAGGCUCUGUUUGUGGCAUGAUUGCGGUUAUGUGCGGGUGCUUUGGAUUCGAGGUGUUCUUGGCCAAGCCCGACAUUCGCCAGGAUCGCCAUAGGGCUUUCUGGUCCCAGAGAAUCGCGCAAUGCAAUGUGCAGGCCGUCGGCAUUGGUGGGCGCGGUGAAUCUGCCGCAUAA